CGUUGCCCACACGCCCCGGGCGCGCUGGAUUGGCGGAGCAUGGCCCAGGAGGAGGGUGGGAGCCUGCCCGAGGUGCGGGCGCGGGUCAGGGCCGCGCAUGGCAUCCCCGACCUGGCCCAAAAUCUCCAUUUCUAUGACCGCUGGGCUCCGGACUACGAACAGGAUGUGGCCACCCUGCAGUACCAUGCGCCCCGCCUCGCAGUGGACUGCCUCACACAAGCCCUUCCAGGCCCGCCCCACAGUGCCCUGAUCCUGGACGUGGCCUGUGGCACAGGCCUAGUGGCUGCCGAGCUGCGGGCUCCAGGCUUCCUCCAGCUGCAUGGGGUGGAUGGGAGCCCAGGGAUGCUGGAACAGGCCCGGGCCCCCGGCCUCUAUCAGCGCCUCAGCCUCUGCACCCUGGGCCAGGAGCCUCUGCCCAGCCCGGAAGGGACCUUCAACGCGGUGCUGAUAGUCGGUGCCCUCAGUGACAGCCAGGUGCCCUGCAAUGCGAUACCUGAGCUACGUGUCACCAAGCCAGGUGGGCUGGUGUGUCUGACCACCAGGACCAACUCGUCCAACCUUCAGUACAAGGAGGCUCUGGAGGCCACCCUGGACAGGAUGGAGCAGGCUGGGACGUGGGAGGGCCUGGUGGCCUGGCCGUGGACCGCUGGGAGCUGGCUACCUCCGAGCUGGAGGUGGUAUCUGGCAUCUCUGCCAAGGAUGGCUUCAUCUCCGGCAUUGUCUACCUGUACCGAAAGCGGAAGGCGACCCAGGUUGAGGAAGUGAGAUCCAGCCCCCAGCCCCCAGCUGGCCCCUGACUCCAUGUGGCCUUAGCUGGGCCCAUCUGCUGGGCCUCCUCUGCCUCCCCUGUAAAAUGGGACCUCCAAACCAACCCUGCCCCUCAGAAAUGCCCUGCCUAUUAAAUGAGCUCCCAGAAAA